AUGCCCGGCAAACGUGAAAAUAGGACAGGUGGAAGGUGGCUGGCGAAAUUGGUCCGCAUGGAGCUUGUGCUCCGUGAGUUGUGGACGUGGGCUACAACGACGAUGGCGCUUAUGCGACUCGCCCAUUCCUCAAAAUGGCGGAAAUUUAUGCAGAGGAAGUUUCGUGGAAUCUUUGAGUUGCGAUACGCGCAAUUGCACAGCGAGACAGGAUUAUCCAUUGAAACCGGAUACUUUCCAGAAUCGAAAGCCAUGGUAAUUACUGUAAACGACACAUUAUGCUCCUGUGGAUGCCUAAUUAAUCAUACGGCUGGAAGAUUUUUUGCUCGAACGUGCGAGGAAAUCACAGAUUGGACGUUGAAAUCUCACGGAAGAUUUCUGUAUCUGAAAUUAAAACACGACGCGACUACCAAUCAAUUUAGACUUGCAAUUUAUCGCGGUUUAACAAAAGAGGAGUUAAUUUAUGAUUCCGUAAUAAACAGCCAUGCUCAUAAAAGCAGUUUACAGUUCACUUCCAAAGAUUACUUCGUUAUUUCACUUCUGAAAAUGAAUAGCUCAUCAAAUAUCAACUCGGGUAUAGAAAUAGGCUUUGAAUGGAAGAAUGAUCGACUGCAGGAUUUAUAUUCAGUUUGCUUUAUUGCAGCAACCGAUCAUAUGCUGUCAUCAUUUACAACACUGACAUUGUCACAUUCCUGCAUGUUUUGUCAUCGUGAUUUGUCAUUCCUCCUAUCAAGUCUAUUCAUUAUUUUAAUUAUAUCUCUUCCGCCACUUCUGUGCUCCUAUUCUACCAUAUCGGUUAUUCGAAAAACAAAAUGGAAGCGAAAUCAACAAUUAAGCAUCGGCAAUUCGUUGGACGAACCCAGGCCUGAUGUGAGUAUGGUACAAUCCGGACAAACGGACACUACGGAAAUCAGAUCAAACAGAACCAUGGUCACGAAACGUUCUAUCGGUAUACAGCUUUCGGCAUCAUCGACUCCACGUUUCCCCCGCGAGAAAGGUUUACGAUGGUCUCGAGCAACUAAUUCACCACAAAUUACACCACGUAACGACGAGCACUCAUCACUUUCAUUUAAUACCGAUCACGAUUUGGAAUACGAUUAUUACGAGCCAACCGUGCCGGGUUCAUUCCUUACACCACCUGUCAACUUCUACUCUGAUAUCGAUGUUGAGCAGAUUAUAGGUAGCUCUCAGCUUUCCUAUAGUCUGAUAUCGAAACAUGAUGCUCAUACACAAAUUGGAGAUAAGAUCUGA